AUGAUAACUAAAGAUGAUUGUUUAAGAUUUAAUUGUAAAAUCUCAUCAUUCUACUAAUCACAAUAAACUAUUAAUCUUGCUAAAACUUCAUUAAAGAAUAAAACUGCAUUAUCCUUAGAUGUUCCAAAUUUUAAAUGUUCUGCAUUAUUUUGCUCUGACAUUAAGACUAAAGAAAUUUGUGAUAACACAGGUGAAUGUGUUUGGAAUAACAAUGAAGUUUGUGAACUAUUCUCUGGAUGUGGAUCCUAUUAAGUAGAAAAAAAAGAAGAUUGUUUUACAAAAAGUACAUAAACUAAAUUUUGUACUUAUGAUGAAGAAUAAUAAAGCAAUGGAAAAUAUAAUUGUAUUAAUGAUCUAUCGAAAUCAGGAGGAAGUUUUAUGACUUGUUUUACUCUAAACAAUUAAGAUUUGUGUAAUAAUUAUGAAGCUGCUGUAUGCACUUGGAGAACCUUCACAUAAUGCUAAAAUGAAUUAGAUGAUGAUCAAAAUUUGUGUUAACAAUAUCAAUAUUGUAUUGGAGAAGAAAGCAAAGAUUGUGCUGAUCUUUCAGGUUUCGAAAAUAAAUGUAAUUAAAGAACAAACUAUUGUAAAUGGAUCUCUGAUAAUAUUACUUGUAUGGAAAGAGAAUGUUCUGAUUAUACUUCUGAAACCAAUUGUAAAAGCAUACUCACUGAUGAUUUAAAACGAGCUAAACCUUGUACAUGGGAAUAGGGAUAAUGUAUUCAAGGAUUUAAUUUAACUAAAUUAAAUAAAUACAAUUGUCUCAUUGAAUCAUUGAAUACUUCCAUGUGGAAUGAAGUUGAAUCUAAGUGUCAAAGUUGUUAAUUUCAAUAAAUAUUCAAUUGUAUUGUUUUAGUAUUGUUAUUAUUAUAAUGAAUUAAUCAUCUGACUUAUUAUUAUUAGCAAAAUAAAGACUCAGCCAAAAAAAAGUUAACAAAACUCAGGAUAUAUUUUGUACUCAAAUCAAAUAGAAGUAACAAACCAUACCAGAUGAAGAAGUAGAAAUUGAUCCCAUCUCCUAUGAAGAUUUUGAUGAUCUCAAAUAAUUACGUAGAAUGAUUAGAUAAACCGAUCGAUCUAUUAAUUAAUAUGGAAAAGAAGUUAAAUAGCUCUAAAAUGAUAUCAAAAAAUUAACUAAAUGA